GCUCUUCUUGCUUACAGUAAAUAAGUAAACUAUUAUAAUAAUAAGAACGUUUACGUUAACAAGCGUUUUAAGUGAUAUGUAGGUGGAUUUAUUAUAAUAAUUAGGUCGCGUGUAGAGUGUCAUAUAUACGUUUAAUUUUGGUAAAACAGUUCUAAGAUACAAUUUCACAGAAGCACGUAUGUUUAUAAUGUCAUUCUGUUCCCUUUAAUAUUUAGUAAACGUUUCAAUGGAUAAAGAAGACGGGUACGAAUCGAAUGGAUGGGAAGAACCCAUAACAAAACGUGGAGAUAUGGAUGACAUACUUAUAAUAUCAGUGAAGCAAAGUCCCGCCGCGAAACUAUGGGUGGAUUACUUUAAUUCGUAUUUUCAAAAUAUAUGUAAACAGGCCAGUAGGAAAUCGUUCAAAAUAUUCCAUUUGGGCGCUGAAGAGGUAAUUGCAACGAACACGGACGUAAAAAUUAUUGAGGAGCGGACAUCUGGCGUAAAGCUGCAGUUAAUAGUCGUAUGUCCAAGUCUUUUGGAGAUGAUAGUAAAUAAUCCAACGUCCGCAGUAAAGUUAGGAAAGCUUAUUUUACCUGACCGCACUCUAGCGUUAUUAUUAGGUGUAACAGACGACGACCUUACAAAUGUACAUAAAGAAGCACUGCCAACAUACACGCAGUGGCAACGGUUAAGCGUUGGUUUAGAUCAAGACGAGAAUUUUUCUAAGGAAUUUCUCAGUACCGCCGUUUCUAUACUGUCCAGAGUAUGGAAGCAACAAACCUCAAUUGCUCCACAACAAAAAUCACUGUUCUCAGUGCUUCCCAAAAAAGUUCGCCAGGGACACGGAAGCGUCGUAAUCAUUUUAACACAUCCACUACAACGAGAAGACAUUGUAAAGGUGUCCAUUGAACGCAACAACGAAAUAGUUGAAAUAAAAUCAGUUAAACGCCGCAAUCCGUACACGUUGAAAAUUACCAUACCUGACAGUUGUACAGAAGUGUCCGCAAUCGUACACAUUCUGGUUGAAAAGAAUGGCAGCAUUAUCGGUAGCAGCCCAAUAAAAUGUGAAAGUCGUUUGAGAGAACUGGAACAAAUUUUGCGAGCUAACGAUAACCCGGUGGAAUUUAUGUGUCAGGCGUUAGGCUUUAGCCCGGCAGAUAAGGAACAUAUGGACAACUGCCUAGUAUAUUCGUUUCAGAAAAAUUUACCCCCCAAUUUCAAUGUACUCUUUAAUCAAUCUUCAAUAUUCGCUUCUAGCGUAUACGCACAUCGUCAUGCAAAUGAAGAAUACCCAACUUUACUUCACUUUGCUGCCAGGUAUGGUUUAGAAAAACUGGCAAUGGCUCUUCUUGAGUGUCCCGGAGGUGAUGUGGCUUGCGAUAUCAAAAAUUCGUGCGAUUUGACUCCUGCUGAAAUUGCUCAAUACGCCGGUCACAAUGAUUUGGCACACUUAUUAAGCGGAUACAUGAAAAUGAACGAGUUUAAAAACGUGUACGAAAAGUUGAAGGAAAUGUCUCAGCAGAACAAGCAGCAAAUAAAUAAUGAUGGAGAGGAUGAAGCGGGGUACUUGCAGCCCAAUGAAAUAAAUGGCAUCUAUAAGACUUGCCCGCCACCAAAACCUCUAAAUCCACAGCUUUUGGCAUGCCCCGAACAUCAUCCGGUUAAUGGUUACAUGGCAAUGAAUAGUACACCCGCAAAAAUAACAGUCAACUCUCGUCCAGAUAGGCAAUUACAAAACCUAACUCUAAACUUAAACGACUCCCCCAGCGCAUCUAAGGACUCGAGCCCCUCGAUUUCGCAAAAAAGUUUUGAGGUUUACGAGGAUAAAGUACAAAAGGAACUUGUGGAAAUCAUUAACGAUUUUAAAAACAACGUGCAUUCAAUAUCUCAAGUGGAAAAGUUGGUUGAGGAGUGGAAAAACCGUAAUGAUGUUCAAAAGUCUUUUAAGGAGAAACAGCAGCAACUAAACGAAAUGCGCAUGAAAUACGACAAAAUUCAGCAGGAGAUGAAGGCCAGCAUGAAAAAAGCUACCCCUUUUGAACGGGUUAAAAAACUAUUUAAAGGAAGAUCUAAAGAUGACUCUAAAGUCGAAAACUCUAUAUCCGUUUCUACACCUGCAACCACUCCUACCUCAAGCAUACCGUUUACCUCCACCCAAAAUAAUCGACCAAUCAGCAGCUUAAGCCUUCAAAGUACUUCAAGUUCUGGAUCAUCUGGACGUAUGAGCACUAUUAGUGGUUGUAGUAUGGGUGAUAGUGGGACUCAUUCCGAUCACGAAGAAAGAAAGAAUAUUUUGGGGCAAUCUCAUGAUGACGACUUUCGAAAUGAUCUAAAUAAAGCCAUCAUCAACUUGAACUACACUGUACCUCCACCUCCGAGGCCAUUUCACCCUCUUAAUAAAUAUUCAGCUAAAAAUACUUUCCCUACGAUAGAGGAACGUCCACCCCAGCCAACACCACGACCUCCCUGUGCAACAGACGACAUGUAUUACAUCCAAUUUCCACCGUCCGGUUUACCCGUUAAUGGAUUGUUACAUGAAAGUUCACAGGUAGGCGUUAACAAAGGUGUUGAUGUUACCACUAAUGGUGAUUGCACAAACGCUCAACCCUUACGUGGAUCGCCACAAACUGACGAAUUUCAUGAAUACAUGAAUUAUACGCCACCCGCGAAUGAGUCAGUAAAUAACGUGAAUAGUUAAUUGUUGUUUGACGUUGCAUUCGUAUUUGCAUUUAAUAGUUGUAAUCAUAGUUGUACUAUUAAUUUAUUUUUUAUAUCACCACGUAAUUUAUUUCAAAAGUAUGUAUUCUUGUAUUCAAUUUUUAUAUAUUUGUACAGGUAAUAAUAAAUCACGUAUUAGUACUCA